CUGAAUUGCCCACUACCACCAGCCAGAGCUUUCUAACUUGGGACUUGACUUCCAACACUCAUACACGUAGGAUCACUGGUCAUUUUCGCGUCUCUUAAAUCACCCAAUUUUCCAAGGUCAUUUAAUUUUCUUCAAUUCGCCUCAAUGACCUCCUAACGUCCAAGGGUUUGUCGUGUUGUGCUUCAUCGAAUCCAGCGUGUUGUGCCACGGUUCGUCGCGUGGGAACUCUCGGACUUAAAGAAAAAUAUAUACUUUAGCACAUACCUUAGGCACAACUAAAAAGAACAACCGUCAUUCUAGGUCGAACCGGAUCAAAACGAAGAACGAGUCAGCUUUUAUUAUUCCCGGUCUGGAUUCCACCUUUGUGGUUGUUAAUCCCAAGACCCCAACGACCCCAAGACAAUUCGACCACCACCAAUAAUAACAUUGUAUUUAUUGGUCAGCACAGUCCUGACCUACAAUCCGUUUGACCUUUGUCAAAUUCCUCAGCAUUGAGUAGUCGACAUUUAUAUGGCAGCCGUAUCUUUAUCACCCACGCCUAUGCCUCGAUCCGUCAUGUCUAGUAGACGAGUUCCUUUGUCUACGAACCAGAAUGUGGCCAAUUCCCCUCUGCGUAGCACCACUCUCGCCAAACAAAAACGCACCGUAGCUCAGAUACAACGGGAAGAACAAUACGGCCAGCCACCUCCGGCCAAGAAGCAAAUCAUCGAGGGUGGUUCCCAACGCUUACUUCCAUCCCAACAGCAGCGGGCUUCUAAGAGUCAAAUCCCCAUACAGAUACGUCGCAAUGCAAACACCUACGAGAGCAAGUUGGCUAGGGAGAGAGCAGGCCAUUCCCACCAUCAACGCUCCCAACAACCGGCACCUGCUUCUCUUGGAUAUACAGAGAAGGAUAUCGAGGAGAUUCAAAUAUGGCAGCAGCACCACCGAGCCAGAUUCCCCAAGCUUGUUUUCUACUUCGAGAAGGUCCCUAACGAUGCCCAUAAAAAGCUCGCGAAACAGAUUGCUGCCUUAGGUGCUCGUGAGGCAGCCUUUUUCUCCAUCGACAUCACCCAUGUUGUAACAACUCGGCCUAUUCCCUCUGAGAAGAGUGUAAGUCGUCAAGAAGAGGACGCAACUACCGAAAAGCACGAGGACCACAUACAUGAGCAGGAACAAGAACAGGACCAGGACCAGGAACAAGAGGAGGUCAAGACCAUCAAUCCUUCAUUACUAACCCGGCUUUCAGAGGCCUCUACUAAACGAAGAACUUUUGAUAGAGAUGCCCGAACACAGAGAACAUCGUCGCAUGUUCAAGUCGGCUCACUAAAUCAACCAAAGCGUAGCGCAGAUGUCUUACUGCGUGCUAGGGAGAUGGGGAAAAAGAUCUGGUCUUUAGAUAAGUUGCAGCGAAUGAUGGCUUUACUCCUUGAGACCGAUCCAUACGUUAGCGUGGAGAUUGCGUAUGGAGCUCGCAAAGCAAGAGAACCCGAACCUCGAACUACUGAGGACCGUAACCUACUACAUCUUCUCCACAAUGAGCGAGUCAACGGGCCAUCUGACCGAGAUCCAGUCGCCAAUGGUCAGGAGCUGCAUUACUUUAAGGGUCCAUACAUAUAUGUCUAUGAUGUUGAGGAGAAGCAAAAGCCUAUCAUGGUCAGAGAGUAUAAGAAGGUUGCCGAGAAGGCAAAGGGCGACUGGCCCCAGUUCCGUACUGCUGCAUUGGGACGAUGUCCGUUUAUUAACGAGCAUGAACCGAGAGAUCCCCGACCCGAGCCCAAGCCGAAAGUCCAGGUGACCAGAGCCGCCACCGAGACUAAGCCUGCUCCUCCAUCCUUCAAGAUGGAACCUCCGAAGCCCGUGACUGGAAAGCGAUCGUUGUGUGAGAUGGAAAAUGGCCAUUCCCGUGGCUCUAGUGUCGCCUCCAUGGACCUGUCCAACUCAUCUAGGUUACCUGUCGGCCAGAUUGUGGAAUCACGCUCUAACGCGUUUACCGGUCGUGCUGCUAGCCGUCUCUUUGGCGGCGAGCCGGUUGCAUCCGGAGUCCAACCUUCGAACAUAACGUCAGCAAUUCGAUCCCAGAUGGUCUCCUCCACCGCAACAACACCAGGUCUCAUAACUGGUCUAAGCAAAGAAGUUCACGGUCUUCAGCGUCAGGUCCUGAAGCGCAACAGUACCGCGACCUCGCAGGAUCUAAGCUCUCGCCGGAAUGCCGAGAUAACCCCGCGAGAUGAGGUUCCAGUCAAGCGGACUUUCCCUAUGAGCCGUACAUCGAGUCGGAAGUUAGAUUUUGUUGAUGAAGAUGCUACCGAUAAAGACUCCCAAGAAGGAUCCAAGCCGAAGGUUGUUCCGCGCGCAGAAAAGCGAGAAUCGUCGCAGUCAAAGAAAAGCGAGCUCAAACCAGGUUAUUGUGAGAACUGCGCGGAUAAAUACGCUGAUUUUGAUGAGCACAUCCUGUCCAAGAAGCAUCGCAAAUUUGCUGACGAUGAUCGCAACUGGGUUGACUUGGACGACCUCCUUGUUCAGCUUCAGCGUAUGCCUAAGCGCAAAUCUUUCUCAUCUUGGGCUCCUUCUCUCCAAGAAUACGACGAGGUCUACUAGUUCACCUUAACCCAAGCUCACUCAUUUCUACCAGCAGACGCAGAUUUACCUCCAAUACGCCGCAGUUCUAUAAGCUGUGCUUACCAGCCGAUCAUUCACAACUAGGAAUACACCAUACUUUGACCCCACUUCUAAUUUUGGACUGUCUUUUCUACGGCAUUCGCGGUGCGAUGAUACCCCAUUUUGACCCUUACUCGGCAGAACGAUGGAGCCUAAUACGCCUUUCCAUAUAUUCCAUGGAAAGGACAUGGCAUGGCAUGGGAUGGAGUCUUAGCAUUUAGUUCUUUCCGCAUCCACUCGUCAGACAUCUCUAUUUUAUGCAUUGUUGGCGAAAGGUGGCUUUGUUUUCUAUUUCGUCAAAAUCUUUUAGUUGGCGUAGCGGCCCAAACGCCAGCCUUUACGGGUGUCUGGGGGUUCCGGUAUGGACGGUGCUUGACGGUAACCUGACUGGCGGCUGGAACGACAUUAAAAACGAUAGUAUUCGACAUUAACGAAGCGAACGGUGUAAAUAUGGUCACUAGGUCGUGUAUAUAUAGGUAGUAGUCUAUAAGACGAAGAAUCGUGCACAUCUAAGUUUUUCCAAUCUCUUUUCGUCGGUCAGCUCGAUAAUUUGUUGAUCUGGUUCACCCUUGACUACGGCGUUGGUGACUUAAUUGCCUUGUUGCGCUCAGUA